AUGGAUUUUAACUCGAGAAAGAAGAAAAAUAAAAACAACUAUGAUUUAUAUAAUGAAAAUAUAAAUAUUUAUUUAGAAGAAAAUGAUAAUUACAUCCUAGAUUUAGAAAGCAAAGUUCAGACCUUAAAAUUGAUUGGAUCAAACAUGAGAGAUGAAGUCAAAACGUCUAAUUCGCUUUUACACAAUUUGUCGGAUCAAAUGGAUAAUGUCAAUAGAAAGUUGACAGGUGUUUAUAGAAAUGUUAAAAAUAUCAUAAAAAGAAAGGGGAAUAAAUAUAUGGUUUACCUUGUAUUAUUUUUUCUAUUUUUGUUAUUUUUAAUGAACUAUUUAUACAGAAAAAGAAGAUAA